CGCAUUUUGAGAGGGACAAUACAGUGACUAACUUCGCUCGGAAAUAAUAUUGAAUCAACAUAAAGACAGAACAGACAACAAGACCAAACAAAACAAGCAGCUGAUUAGUUAUAGAGGAUGCGCAGGUCUGCGGCUCCAAGUCAGCUCCUCACCGGCAAUGCUGCAAAGAAGCCAAGAUUUGUACCUCCUGCCCCGGUGUACACUUUGAAUUCAGAGCCUGUGCUAACAUCGAACCCAGGACAAAUACCAACAUUAGCACCCAAACCAGCACCUAACAAUGUCCUUAACAAGGUGCAGAGGAGCUUGUCUGAGAGGAUUGUAGACACUCCAGCUGUUGCUAAAGUCCCAGCAGCGGGUAAGGCUUUAGCCAGGGUUCUGAGUGCCGUCGCUCAGGAAGAGAGGAAAGAAAAUGACCUGGAGUCUCUGAGCUUCCCUCUGGAAUCAGGGCAGCUCCCAGAUUCACCGUCACCACCACAACAGCCAGAUGUACCUCUUAAACACACCACCACCACCACGCCAACCACACGGUACUACAGUGUAAUGUGGUGCAAGUUAUCCUCCAGGAAGCACAAGCGCUGGGAAGGUGAUGCUGUGCUUGUGGCCACAGGACGCAGCGUUGUCCUCAAAGACAUGGAGGGUAGAGAUAUUGGACGAGGGUCGGGUUACAAAGCAUCUGAGCUGGAGAGUCUGUGUGAGGGCCAGACUUUAAUGGUAGGAGGGAAGCAGAUUGAGGUCAUGGGGAUCAUCUCAGAUGAAGACUACGCUAAGGGACGAUGUUUUCAAGAUGCCAUUGCGGAGGUUCCUCGAGAGACGACUGCUAAAGCACCAGUGAGACAUCGGACACCUCAGCUGGCCAAACCCUUUGCCAGACCAGCAGUGAAGGAUGUAACUGGGAGAGCACCCAAACCUGAGGGACCUGUCUACAAGCCCAGACAUGACCCUAAUAGCCCAGGAGCCGUUGUGAUGCCCCGGCCCUCAGCCAAUCACCAAUGGCUUUGUAAUAAAAAUGGACUCCCAUUAGUGGACGUGGUUGUGGACCCUCAUCUAACAAAUCAUCUACGACCACAUCAGAGGGAGGGUGUGGUCUUCUUAUAUGAAUGCCUCAUGGGAAUUAGGUUGGCUGGCCGCUAUGGAGCCAUUUUAGCAGAUGAGAUGGGUUUGGGGAAGACACUGCAAUGUGUGUGUGUGCUGUGGACUCUACUGAAGCAGGGGCCUUAUGGUGGGCGAGCCGUAGUGAAGAGAGGGUUGGUGGUUUGCCCUGGUAGCCUGGUGAAAAACUGGGCUAUUGAAUUCAACAAAUGGCUCGGCAGAGAGAGGAUCAACGUAUACACUGUGGACCAGGACAACCGUGUGGAGGAUUUUAUAUCCUGUCCCCGGUCUCCUGUGAUGGUGAUCAGUUAUGAGAUGCUACUGCGCUCUAUAGACACUUUAAAGAAGCUGGAGUUUGGUCUGGUCAUCUGUGAUGAGGGCCAUCGGCUUAAAAACAGCAAUAUUAAGACAGCCAGUGCUCUCUCAGCCUUGGCCUGCGAACGUCGGGUAAUACUUACAGGCACCCCUGUUCAGAAUGAUCUCCAAGAAUUCUACUCCAUUAUUGAGUUUGUGAAUCCAGGCAUUUUGGGAACUUCAGCAGCAUACAGAAAGGUUUAUGAAGAACCAAUCCUGAAAUCCCGCCAGCCUACCUGCACUGAGGAGGAGAGGUGCAUCGGUGAAGAGCGAGCAGCAGAACUUGCUCGGCUGACCGGUGCUUUCACACUACGACGGACUCAAGAGAUCAUCAACCGUUUCUUACCUGGGCGGCUGGAAUGGACAGUGUUCUGCCGGCCCACAGAGCUGCAGGUGCAGCUGUACAAUGAGCUGCUCUCUAGCCGACCUGUCAGGGCCUGUUUUGCUGUUGCCAGCACGCGUGCAUUCACACACAGCCCUCAUCUUGCCUGCAUUAAUGCUUUGAAGAAACUGUGCAACCACCCUGGGCUCCUUUACAACACGAUAAAGACAUGGCUGUGGAGGGGAAUCCUGCAAAGCCUGUUUGUGAUUGUUAGGAUAUUCAGCGAACAGAAGCGUAAAAUCUUUGACGGGUGUGUCGAAAUUCAAGAGGGGGAAAACUUUGCACAGUUGUACUCAAGAUGCCAUGAGCUUGUUACCCUGCGAUGUGCCAACUUGGGCUACAACUCUGUGGAGGAGAAGAAAAAUGAUGAUUUAUAUGACAACAUCUGUGUAGACCUUUUUCCUGAGACCUACGCCACUGGAGGUUAUUGUACAGGAGACUCUGGGAAAUCGCUGGUGCUCGCAGACCUUUUGGCUUCCAUAAAGCAUUUCAACUGCACAGACAAGGUUGUGCUGGUGUCUAAUUAUACACAGACUCUCGACCUGCUGCAAGACCUCUGCGCUCACCUUGGUUACACCUGGUGUCGGCUUGAUGGACAGACACCUGUUGCCCAACGACAGCGAAUUGUAGACUCCUUUAACCGUGCAGACUCCUCCCACUUCCUGUUUCUUCUCAGUUCAAAGGCUGGAGGAGUGGGGCUUAAUCUCGUUGGUGCCUCCCAUCUGGUUUUGUAUGAUAUAGACUGGAACCCAGCGAAUGACAUCCAGGCCAUGGCCCGGGUAUGGAGAGAUGGGCAGAAGAAAACCGUUCACAUCUACAGAUUUCUAACAACAGGUACCAUAGAGGAAAAGAUUUAUCAGAGACAGGUGAGUAAGCAGGGACUUUCUGGAGCUGUAGUAGAUCUUGGUAAAAAAGGUGAGCACAUCAACUUCUCAGCCGAGGAGCUGCGUGACCUUUUCACGUUUGACCCGAAUACCAACUGCCUCACUCACGACCUGCUUGGCUGCAAGUGCUCAGGGGAUGGAAGAAUGCCAGGUAACACACACAAACACACAUUCUGGAUCAUUUGGCGGGCGUGUCAGUUGGGUCGCCGUGCCAGUGUUCCACAGCGGAUCAGCAUGUCUGAGCUUAUGCAAUGGAAGCAUUUUAAAGGAACCAUCCCAUCAUAUAGUGAUGUUUACUUGGACCAUGCACACAGUCAUAUCACAUAUGCCUUCCAGAGCACGACUUCCAAAACUCAAGACAUGGCAUGAAACACUCACACACAACACGUACAAGAGUGGAUUUAAUGGACAGAAUAAAUCUAAUGUCAUGAAGUUAUGGAAGUACUGUAACUGUAAAUCUCGCAAAGGUUAUGUGCUGGAAAUGUGCUUUUUAAAAAAAAAUUUAUGUAUUAAAAUUAUUUAAUGUAACAUCAAGGCUGUGAACUCUAACUUUCGAUCUCUGUGCACGGUGUUUGUGCCAUCUCUCUUUACAAAAGGGUCGUGGUGAUGAAGCCAAAGGAAUUCUGCAAAACAUUCGAGAUUGUUUUGCUUGUUUUUACCAUCACUACUAAGGACAUUUAAUUCAAUCUGGUGAAUCUGGAACAAUAUGAAGAAUCAUAAAGCUGUUAAGGGUACACUAAAAUACAGUGCUAGAUAAUUGUGCUUCAUCAGUUUCUAAUGGUCUACUGACCUGAUAUAG